AUGGAUGUGAUUAGGGUACUGCUUGCUUGUUCUGUGUUAGAGGACUUGAAAAAGCUGAAUCCUCCGGCGUCUCUCAAUUACGUCCAAUUUCGUCCGAACCAAGCUCCGCAUCUUACAUACAUCUUAAAACUGCUGAAGCCUUGUCGCAUACCAUAUCCGCAAGACUUUCGCGAUACUUUUAGUGGAUUCAAAUUGCACGCGAAACAGCGCAAGAAUUUAGAACGCCGUGAACAUGAGUAUGAGACGCAAACAGAUGCCGAUUGUGAGCUGUUUGCAAAAGUUUUGCUUGAUCAAUGGCCAUGUCCAAAACCGUCCAUUGGCGGCUUUCCGACUUCAGGACGCAUAGAUGUCGCCAAGGCUAUGAGUAUUAUACAACCAGAUUGGGAGCGGCUUUUCCAGAAUAUGGAGCUCUCCAAGUAUCUCGAACAGGUUCAAAUAGUGCUUGGUAAAGCUUACAGUGGAACAAAUUUCGUGUUGCCAAAUGUGGAGAUUCAAACACAAGUAGUAUAUUCAUCAAGGGUUCGAGGCGGCGAGUCACCCACGUUGUCAAUGGAUUUAAUGCGAAUGCCAUGUGAGAUUAGGAUGGUAUCUAACAAGGCUGUCUCAUUCAAUACACAAGCUGAAAACCUGAAUCACGAUGGCAAUCUAUCUCGAGAGGCAUGUCUUCUCGAGGGCAUCGUUAAGAAUUUCAUGGGCUCUGAGGCCUCGUUGGUACGCCAGAAAUACGGGCAAGGAUUGAUGCAAAGCCUGGAAUCCCUCAAAGUAUUCGAGCAAAUUCCGAAAAAUGGUAGAAAGCACGUUGACACCCUAAAGCUCUCCAAUGACAUAUUCGAAACUAGAGGAGUACUACAACAAAUCUUCAGGGAGAUAUGUCAAUCAUUUGAUAGUCCGAGUGCUACUUGGCUACGAGCAGGAGGCUUGUACCCAUGUAUUUCAACUAUCACGCUGCUUGAGAAUCUUCGGUCUACCUUGAGCCCAGUAAUCAAAUUUGGCAGUGGCAUGAGAGAGGGUUUGAUCAAAUAUGCAUUACAUAUCACAGAACUCCAGCGCCUGCUAAGGAUCGAAGAAGCCUUCGCAAAGGGUGAUCAACAACGCUUGAUAGAGGAGCAGAAUAACCUAGGACAUUCAAAUUGGCAGCCGAUCGACGAGCCUGAUUGGCUCUUAAUUGAAGUCGAGGCAAACGUUCUCAUUCGGCCUGACCAAGUCGACGUUGCGAGAGCUACGAUUUCUCCAAGUUCCAAAUCAAAUUCUGUUCUGCAAAUGAACAUGGGACAGGGGAAGACUUCAAUCAUUGUGCCUAUGGUGGCCUGUAAACUAGCCAAUCCGGAGCGCCUUGUGCGAAUCAUCGUACCCAAACCAUUAUUAGUACCAACGGCGCAGUUAUUGCAAGCACGUCUAGGAUCUCUGCUAGGCCGAAACAUCCUCCAUGUGCCAUUUUCGAGAAAAACCCCCACAGAUGCAGUAAAGACCUAUUUCAGCUUGCACAAGAUGGCUCUCCAAAAAUCAGGAAUUACUAUUGCUUUGCCAGAGCAUAUACUGUCAUUUCGAUUAUCUGGACUUCAACGUCUUUCGGAUGGUCAAAUAAAUGAAGGAAGUACAAUGGUGAAAGUCCAACAAUGGUUAAACUCUCGUUGCCGAGAUGUUAUGGAUGAGAGCGAUCAAAUUCUCUCAUUACGAACACAACUCAUAUAUCCUAGUGGGGCUCAAAAAUCAGUUGAUAAUUAUCCUCAUCGUUGGGAAGUCGCUCAAGCUUUGCUUGCUCUUGUAUCAGGCCACCUAUACAAUCUCGAGAAAGCUUAUCCGCACAGCAUCGAAGUUGUUCGAAGAGAUUAUGGUGGAUACCCUAUGCCAUUUUUCCUGCGAAAAGAUGUUGAAGAGGAGUUACUUAAUCGGCUUGUUGCUGAUAUCUGCAAUGGGCGGACUUCUAUUUUAGAUAUUUCUCGUUGCUCCAGAUCAGAACGCAUAGCUAUCAGAGAUUUUAUAACCAAACCCAAGGUCACCACAAGUGUAUCCAAGGCCGUUAAAUGUAUCUUCUCAGACAAGCCCGCAAUGACAAAGAAUCUAUUGAACGUCCGCGGUCUGUUAGUACAUCGGAUAUUAUUGUUGGCCUUAAAGAAGAGGUGGCAUGUACAAUAUGGUCUUCAUCCCGAGAGAGACCCCAUCGCCGUUCCAUUUCAUGGUAAGGGUGUCCCAUCGGACCAAGCUGAAUGGGGCCACCCAGAUGUUGCAAUCCUUCUUACUUGUCUAGCGUUUUAUUACGAUGGACUGAACAAGAAACAAUUGCAUCAAAGCCUGGAGCACGUCCUCAAAUCAGACGAUCCGGCCUCGAUAUAUGAUCAAUGGUGUAUGAGCUGUCCCAUGCUACCUGAUACAUUGCGGGAUUGGAAUAAUGUUAAUCUCGAAGAUGAACAACAGAUGCUUGAGCUAUGGUCGCAUUUCAAUCUAUCUCCAAUAAUAGUCGAUUAUUACUGUAACAAUUUUGUGUUCCCGGCACACGCCAAAUCUUUCAGUCUCAAACUACAAGCCAGUGGUUGGGAGAUCCCUCUGUCCUCAGCCGAUAAUCAAAAUUCCAUCACUACUGGGUUUAGUGGUACCAAUGAUAAUCGAAAUUUGCUACCACUCAAUCUCAAGCAGCAAGAUUUGGAUGGGCUUGCCCAUACCAACUCUGAGGUUCUUACCUAUUUGCUUCAGCAAAGAAAUCGACAAUAUGUAGUUGCUGCUGAUGAACGUGGCCGACAUCUCUCCGAGACUAACUUGCUGCGGAAAAUCUCAAAACUAGGCAUCCGAGUGCUCAUUGAUGCGGGAGCGCAGAUUCUCGAGUUGAGCAAUGAAUCACUUGCAAGAGAAUGGCUUGAGAUUGACCCACAGGCACGUGCAGCCGUCUACUUUGAUGAAGCCGGAAAGCCAAUGGUCGUCCACAAGAAAUACCGGCCAGUACCAUUAUCGGCUUCGCCAUAUUCCGAUGACUUAAGAGGAGUUGUUGUUUAUCUCGACGAAGCUCAUUGUCGUGGAAUUGAUUUAAAGAUGCCUCCUGAUGCUUGCGGGGCUCUAACCUUAAGGCAGAGCAAAGAUCAUACCGUGCAGGCAGCAAUGAGACUAAGGCAACUCGCAACUUCCCAAUCCGUAAUAUUCUUUGCACCACCUGAAGUCAACCAGAGCAUUUUGGACUGUGUCAAGAAGAAUCACGGAGAUUAUUUAGAUUCGCAUGACGUAAUCUGCUGGCUUUUGGAGCAGACAUGUGUGGGUAUCGAGCUUAUGCAACCUCUUUACUAUUCUCAAGGCAUUGAUUAUUGCCGUAGAAUUCAGGCUGCUGCUGAUAAUGCAGAUUUCCUCGUGGACACCGACCAGCGGGAGCAGUAUCUAAACACUCUGAGGCAAAAGGAGCAACUCGGUCUAGAGCAACUUUAUGGAGCUAAAACAAAAUCCAAAGCUAUAGUUGGCUCUGGGAAAUUGACUGCCCAAACGGACAGCUAUGUAAAAGAGCUCAAUGCGUUGCGGAAAGGCUUUCGAGAUACCGGCGAUGCUGUUCACCAUACUGCUUUACAAGAAGUGGAACAAGAGAGAGAAGUCGCGUACGAAGUUGAAACGGUGCGAGAAGUCCAAAGACCCACGCACUACCAAGCUUGGACAUUCCCUGGUCUUGACAAAGAUAUUCUGAUCUUUGCGAAAACUGGCCGAAUCCCUGCAGGCUCUGCAUGCUGUAAACAUGCUUUUGUGGCCCUGAGAAAGACUGGAGUUGGUAGGAAGUUCGGCAUUAAUGCUACGGCUCUUCAAUCUCGACUAUUUGUCUCCAGAGAGUUCAUGCGUUCUGUAAAAGUAAACACCGAACCACAUGACAAUUUCUUGCGCCAAGUGAGUUGGGUCUUAUGGAGUCCUGUCACCGAAACUGCUUUGGUUAUCAUACCUGAAGAAGCCGAACUCCUCAUCCCAGUUCUCCGCGAGGCACGAGCUCCUGUUUGCUUCCUCUUGACCUAUGCAGCCCCUAUAACCCGCAAAAUGCUUGCUCACUUCAGCGAUCUCAAAUAUUAUGCUAUACCUGCACUUCCGAAGGAUUGGGUUGUGCCAAUAUGGCUGUCAGUACAACUAGGUAUUUUCUCAGGGGCCCUUUAUUUUAAAAUCUCUCAGUAUGAGUACCUACGUGGGUUUUUGGGUUUUGAGGUCGACAAAAAUAUGGAAGAGUUACAAGAUGAUUGCUUGGAGGAAGAUCAUGUUAUCGAUGGCUUUAUUAACGAGAACACCAACCCCAAAGAACAAAAGUCUGUUGGUUUUACGUCCAAACCUCUAACAUUCUUGCAAGAAUGGUUGAGUGUAAGACGCAAAGGGCAGGACUUUUCUCACACUCCCAUGGGAUACGUGUGUCAAGGAAAAGUUCUUACAGAAAGUCAUCCAUUUUUUAGUAAGAAUGAAGCGGGCGCCGACCCAAAACUUGCUCAGUCUAAUCGUAGGAGAAUAUCUGGUUCAAAGGGAGCUUUGGCGAGAAAUACUCUCGACGAUGAUCUUAAUGACGACUGGGCCGAUAUGAAUGAUAAUGAGAAUGGUGUAGCAAUUGCCGAUGAAAGUGAUUCUGAGGAUUAUGAUGAUUAUGAGGAUGAGGAGACUAGUACUGGUAGUGUUUUCACGAGCUCGGAUCAGGAAUUUUGA